AUGAAAGCAAAAUCAACUGAAACCAAAAUGGAAAUUUCAACUAAAGAAAAUACUUCAUCUGAAUGUCCAUUUGAUUUAAAUUUGUGUAAAAAAGCAUUGGUAGCUUUGAAACAAAUUAUUAAUAAUGCUCAACAAGGUCAUAAACAAUUAUUAGAUGAAUCAAUACCAAUAAGUCUUUAUCUUCACGUACAUAAAAUACCUCGAUGUACUUAUUUACGUCUUUCAUCGGAAUUGCCCCAUCCAUUCAUUCAACAAUCAACACGUGACGUAUGUCUUUUUGUACGUGAUGAUGAUGUUAAUGGUCGAGAAUAUGAAGCAACUGUACGUCGUUAUAAAUCUAUGAUCGAUCAAUUUAAACUUCCAUUUAAUAUUGAAAUUAUGACACUUAAACAAAUUAAUCAAGAAUUAAUUCCAUAUGAAGCUAAAAGAAAAUUAUGUGCACGAUACGAUCUGUUUCUUGCCGAUCGACGUAUCAUGACAUCAUUAAUGCGUGGUCAAUUACUUGGCAAACAUUUUCGUUCUCACGGAAAAAUGCCAUUAGGUAUCAACGUAUUUAAUAAAGAUUUUAAACAACGUUUAAUUUCCUUAUGUUCAUCAAUAUCUGGCCGUAUGGCUGGUACAGGACCACUUUUUUCUAUGCAAUUUACAACUGUAAAACAAUCUAUUGAUCAUGGAAUAGAAAAUCUUACAACAAUUUGUCAAACGAUUGGCAAAGAAUUACCUGGUAGUUGGUUAAAUAUUGAUCAUGCUUAUUUCUAUGGUAAUAAUUUACAAUCAUUACCGAUUUAUUAUAGUAAACAUAAUAAAAAUGAUGUUUCAAAAUUAAAUUUACCGAUAACUAGUCAAAAUGAAUUGACACAAAUAGGUGAAUUAUCAACCGUUGAAAAAAAUCUUAAUGUGAUUGUAGAAGCGAAUGGAAAUGUUCAUUUAACAAAAAAAAAUAAAUUAAGUAACAAUGUUACUAAGAAGAAAUCAACAAAACGUUUACAAAAAACUUGGAUUAAAGGUGUUCAAACACAUCGUACAACAAAUUCUAAACCGAAGAAAGAAAAAACGAAAGGAGCUGAAGAUGAACCAGUUUUUAAUGCUGAAAAUAAACCUGUUGUUGACACCGAAUUCGUUAAACGUGUUGCUAGUACUCGUCUUGCCAAGAAAAAUGAAAAACCAAAACAUAUCGAACAAAAUUUUGCUAGUAAACCAGCACCAAGAGCUGAGAAACGAAAACGUCUUUUAGCUGCUGCUAAAGAAGUGUUAAACGACAAUAACAAUGACGAUUCAGUUCCAACAUUGGUUGAUGAUAGUGAAGAACGAAAAAUAAAGAGUGGUGGAAGAAGUUUCCCGGGUUCAGCAAAUAAUAAUGAACUUAGAUCACCAACUACUACGAAAAUAAUUCGAGCAGGACAAACAACUAACAUUUCUUCAUUAUCAGAACCUCUAUUAACAAAAAAAGAUGUCCUUUUACCUAUUGUUGUUUUUGCUUGUAACCGAGCACGUGCUCUUCAGGUUCAUAUCGAAGCUUUGCUUAGAAUUCGAAAUAAUUCUGAUUUAAAUCCAAUCAUAGUCAGCUUAGACUGUCAUGACAAGGAAACUCUUCAAGUUGCUAAAAGUUUUGGUGAUAAAAUUAAAGAAAUUAUUGAAUUACCAGAUCUUGGUCCUCUUAUUGUUCCACCAAAAGAUCAUCUCUUAUCUGGAUAUUAUAAAAUAUCACGUCACUAUGGUUAUUCACUGAAUUAUGUUCUUAAUACACUUAAUUAUGAAGCGAUAAUUAUUACUGAAGAUGAUUUGGAAGUUUCAAUAGAUUUUCUCGAUUAUUUUCAAGCACUCUAUCCAUUACUAAAAUAUGAUAAAACUCUUUGGUGCAUAUCAGCAUGGAACGAUAACGGAAUCGAUAAAAAAAUUGAUCGCCAAGCAAAUCUUCUGCAUCGUAGUGAUUUUUUUCCUGGUCUUGGUUGGUUGUUAACAAAAACAGUAUGGAAUGAAAUAAGAGAUAAUUGGCCGCAAGGUUUUUGGGAUGAUUGGAUGAGAAAACCAGAACAACGUCGUGAUCGAGCCUGUAUUCGACCAGAAGUAUCACGCACAGGUAUAUCACCUGAAGGUAAAAGAGGCGUAAGCGGAGGUCAAUUUUAUGAUCAUUAUUUGAGAAAGAUUAUCAAAAAUUCUGAUCCUAUUGAUUGGAAAUCUAUUGAUGUUAGCUAUCUUAUCAAAGAGCGAUAUGACAAAAAAUUUCAAGCAUUUAUUGAUACUUGUCCUGUGAUAACUUUGUCUGAUUUAAAUAAAAUGAAUAGUGAUAUGACAUGCGCAAAACUACGUUAUAGUAAUAAUGAGGAAUUCGUUACUAUAGCAAAGGCACUUGAACUAAUGACUGACUUAAAGAGUAAUGUACCUCGAACAGCAUAUCGAGGCGUUGUUCAAUGCCGUCAUGAUAAAACAAGAAUUUAUAUAACACCUAGUCAACAACCUUGGCAAAGCUACAAUGUAACAAAUUGA